CCAUGCUAGCUAGCACAUCUUACCGCUGACCAGCAGCAUUUUCUCCAAGACAUUUUCCUUUCACUUCAACAUGUCCUUCCAAGAUUUUAUCUAUUGUCCACCCGGUUGGCAACAUUACAGUUGUUAUGUAAGGGUUCUAGGGGUUCCUUAAACGUUACAUUUGAGUUUACCGGUUAACAACUGAAAGGCGUAAUUACUAGCCUAUACCCCAAUCGGCGACUCUGGCAGAUGUUUGUGUUGUUUUGGAAGCAGCUUUGCCGGCGUAUCUGGUAGUGUCUUUGUAAGCACCAGGUUUAUUUUGUUUGGUUAAUACAUGCAGAUGCUUAUUACUUUAUGAGAUAAUUGUGGGUUAGUUAGCUAACUGGGUUGUCAUGAAGUCUUCCUUCUUAGGCCUAUGGUAGGGAAUUUCCGGAGGGAACACUUGGCUUUCAAGACUGUUUGUCGGCGAGAUGUACAACAAAUGCCAUUUGUUAUAUAACAAGUCGCAUAAGUGUUAUUUAUCGUAGAACCAUUAUUAACUUGUAUCUAGUAUUGUUGGUAAUAUUACUUUUACCCUUGCGGGUUGUAUUGAUUCGUACUUGAUUCAGGAUUGCAUCCCCCCCCCCCCCAUAUCUCUGGAUCUUACAAGAACACAGCUUGUCAAUUCCACAGGUACUCAAGAAUGCAUUUACAGAGCUCUUCUCUUCUCUCGUUUUUUGAAACGUCAGGUCACACGCAAUUGGGAAUUUUCUGAUGACCAUGCCUAGGGAUUGAAAGUCUGUUUAUCGAGAGAACAACAUACACACACAUAUCCCUGAAGCAAGGUAAGACAUUGCGUCAUGUCCCAGGACUAUCCAUUUAGAGGGUCUCGAACGGGCUAUGGGCCCCAAGACGGCUACUACGAAGACACUGGCACACCGUAUGCCGCUGGACAGAGAGAUAUUUAUCAGCCUCCGCCUCGAGACGCUGGCCCGAGGGAUAUUUAUCAACCUCCGCCUCGAGACGCUGGACAGAGGGAUUUUUACCAACCUCCGCCUCGAGACGCCUCUAACAUCCCGCCAUCUCGUCAGCCCCCUGGUGGUGGUCGUGGUGGUGCGCCGGAAGCUCGCUCUGUCAUGAGACCGGAGGUCAUGAGCGUCCUGGACAGCUGUGGUCUGGACCCCGGUGACCUCUCGCUUCUCGCCGACCUGCCAGAGCACCUCAUCAACAUCGACACUCUGCCCCACCUGCUGAAGAAACUCUGGGACAGCAAGAAGGGCAAGCCUGAAUCCCCCGCCUCUGGCUCGUCCCAUUUCGCUGGCGGCAGCGGAGGAGGUGGUGGUCGGGGUGGUGUUGCUGCUGGUGCUGGUGGCGGCUUAGCACCAGCCUAUGAGAGGAGGCGGCUUGGUAGUCCUCCAACUACACGGUCAGACCGGUCGGCCUACGACCGACCCACAUCAGGGCCCUACGAUCGGCCCACAUCAGGUACCAGCUCGUACAUUAGGCCCUCACCUGCUAACAUCUCAUAUGAUGAUCCAUCGCCCGCUCCCAGCGCAUACGAUAGGCCUUCACCCGCUACCAACUCGUUUGACCCUCGUGGCCAAGACACUUGGACGGAUGGUGACAUUGACCAGAGGCCUGGACGCAACAACGCUGCUCCUCACUCUCGACCAUCAAGAGGUGCCUCUACCGGCCAUGUGGUAGAGUAUGGUGGACACCCCAGACAUGGGGAUCUGCACUCUCACGGUACCCACCGUUACAACAACCCACCAGCAGAUUACGACUCUGAGACCCACAGUUCCUCCACAGCUCAGGGCCACUUUCCAACUUCGCACACCGGUGAUGUUGAUUACCGACAGCAUAAGCAGUUCGCGGAUCAUGACGACCGGCAGCGUAAGCAAUUCACAGAUCACGACGACCGACAGCGUAAGAUAUUCACUGAUUACGACGAGCGUCGUGGAUCAUUGGUGACGGGUGUUUCAAAGGAGGAGGCCAAACCGCGCCACACGCUGCCUUCGAAGAAGGAGGCGUCGGAUUUCCACGGCAAGACUCCGGAUGGUUUUCCAUAUGCCUGUGCACUCUGCAAUAUGGCUGUGGUCACCAACAAGGACUGGAACCAGCACAUUAAUUCUGCUCAACAUGCCGAUAAUCAGCUUACGCUUCUGCAAAGGUAUCCAAAGUGGGACUGCCAUGUCAAUUCACACAGACCGGAGGAGGAGCGUCCUUCAGGGAAAAAUACAAGGGCCUCGAAACCACAGAAGAGAUCGAGCGAGCCCACAGAAGCACCUGCAAAAAAUAAGAGACCUAACCUGAAGAAAACUGCAGAAAAACCAAAGGUGCCUGGCAAGGUUAUCUCUGUCCGAUUUACUGCCAAGUGCAUCGAUGAGGAAUAUCUGAGAAAUCUGUUGGGACAAUUUGGAGCCAUCGUCAAAAUUAUAAUGUUUCCAACAUUGGCAUUCGUCGAAAUGGGCUCCACUGAUCAAGCAGGAGACAUCGAAAAAUACUUCACUUCAAACCCAAUGGAGGUGGAGGGGACACAGGUUCAAUUCACAGUCUCUGAACAAUUUAAUUUCCUUAAGAGCUCGAAGGUGGUGAGCUUCUCCCCGCUCCCUGCCGGAGAUGGAGUGAAGGACGAAAUAACGGCCGCUGCCAAAAAAUUUGGUGCCGUCGAAAAUACCGUAUUUCUGCCUUCUCGGGCCUACAUAGAGAUGGCGGAAGCGGCACAUGCAGAAGCCCUGGUGAACAACUUUGCUAAAACACAGUUUAAGCUGAAAGGGAUUGCCAUCAAAGUGGACUUCUCCUCUGAAUAUGAAACGCUGAAGUAUGUUGCAACCAUCAGAAGCUCUAAAAGCAGCUCGCCUAGAAGAUCCACAAGAAAGAGCCGCAGUCCCUCCUCUCAGAAGAAAACUCAAAGAUCUAAGAGUCGGUCUCGCAGUCCCAGAAAGCGAUCCAGAGACGACAAAGACAAAGACAGAAGAGAGAAGGACAGAGACAGCCGAGAGAAGGACAAAGAUCACAAAGGCAAAGACAGUCGAGAGAAGGACAAAGACAGCCGAGACAGAGGCUCAAAUGUUUCUAAACAAGACGGAAAGAGUAGCUCAGGUGAAAAGCCGAAAAAAGACACACCUGAAAAAAGUUCCAGCUCGCCAAAAAGGCAAACAAGGAGUCACGGAAAGAGCCACAGAUCCAAGAGCCGAUCGCGUAGUCCCAGGAAGCGCGACGACAAAGAUGUCAAAGAGAAGGCAUCAAACUCUUCUUCUUCAUCAUCUACUUCCUCACAAAAUGUAAAGCGCGACUCGGCCGAAAAGCCCUCGAAGGCCAAAGCCAAAUCUGAUGACAAGCCCUCUAAGCCAGUCCCUCAGAAGCACGCGGAGAAGGAUGCGGAGAAGGAGGAGGCGAGCGCCAUGGGCACUGAUCAGAGCAUCCAGGACAAAGGCCAGGAGAAGGAAAAGAAGUCAGACUCGUGCGAUUCAGACAGCGACCUGGAAGGGGUGGCGGUGAUCGCCGAGGACGCUGACGAAAUGGAGGGCGUUGAGGUGGUGGAUGAGCUGGACUUGGACGGGGGUGAAGGCCAGGAGGUUGUCGAGGAGGAGCAGGAGGAGGAGGAGGUGAAAGAUGAAGACAAGAUGGAGGAGGGCGAAGACGAGAUGGCUACCGGAGGAUCGGCGCAGGAAAAAGAGGUGGCGGACGCGGAAGAAGGGACUGCAUCAGUGCCUGACAAGGCAGCCAAUGACUCCAAGCCUGCAGACGCAGAAGGGCCAAUUGCGUCUGAGGGCCUCUGUGUAAGCGGUCAGUCAGAGCAAGCCGGGGGAGCGAGCCAUGAAGAGGCCACCAAGGACGACCAUGAAGAGGACACUGCUGCAGAGGCGAACAAAGAUAACAAGGUUGCUGACCCAGAUCCCUCUGCUCCUUCUCAAAAUGAUGACGCAGAAUCUGCAGCAGAGCCCCCUGCUGUAGCGGAGGGAAAAGGAGACCCGUGUGAGGGCGAGGAGCAGGAGCCUGAAGCUGAGGCUGACGCUGAGGCUUCGACUCAGGAUGCGGGAGAAGCGGCAGGAGAGGAGGAGAUGGAACAGAAUCCAGAAGGUGGAGCAGAAGACCCACAGGAGGAGAACAAUGAGGACGAGGAGGAAUUUGAUUUCCCAGACGAUCUUGACAACCUGAUUACGUUAGACGAGCUUGAAGAGGAAGACUCACCCAAGGAACAAGAGACUAGAAGAACGCGAUCAGAGAGCUCAGGCCACCGGGUUUUCAGCCUCCGAGGUCUGCCACUGACCUUUUAUUCACACGAGGAAUUCUGGAAAAUUGGCCAGAAGUAUGGGAAGGUGGUACGCUACUUCCUGAUCCGAAACCGCCGUGAGGGAUUCAUUGAAAUGGAGAAUGCCGAAGAUGCAAGCAGAGCAGUGCACGACUUGCGACGAAAGAAGUUUACUUUUCACGGAUGCGAAUUGGCUGUUGCCUUUUCACUGAAAUACAACAGACUAUUCAACGCAUUUACUCCAUCUGAAGGAAAGGACAAGAAGGACCACAGUAAAGACGGAAGCAAAAGCAAGGAACGAAGGAAGAGCAAAGAACGAAGCAAAAGCAAGGAACGAAGGAAGAGCAAAGAACGAAGCAAAAGUAAGGAACGAAGGAAGAGCAAAGAACGAAGCAAAAGCAAGGAACGAAGGAAGAGUGCAGAACGAAGCAAAAGCAAGGAUCGCAACAAGAGCAAAGACCGAGCCCGCUCACACUCACCCUCCAAGUCCAGCUCUCGGUCUAGGCAGUCUCCAAAGUCCGAGUCCAAAAGCGAGAAGUCUCGUGAAAGCAAGAAGAGGGACGUGUCUGCAGAUGAGAAGAGCACCAGCAAGGAGAAGAUUCCCAGCAAAGAGAAGAGCCAAGAUAAGAGUCCCAGCAAGGAUUCCUCACCAACGCCAGGCGAGGAGAGCCAAGUGACUGGCAAAGAGAUACCUGAUGAUGUUGAGAAGAUUGCUCCUGCUGCUGAUGAUGCUGAUGCUGAUGCUGAUGCUGAUAAUACUCCUGCUGCUGACAAAAUCAGCACAGACACGGAUCCUGCUACCUCUACGGUCAAGACGGAGAGUCUGGGUGAAUACCAGCCCAACAAUCCUGUCGGGCAGGGGUUUAUUGGACCAGUGGUGGGGUAUCUUUGUAGCCUGUGCAACGUCAUCUACACCACUGAGGAGGAGGCCAAAAAUCAACACUGCAGUAGUCUCUCUCAUUUCCAGAAGUUAAAGGAGCAUUUGGAAAAGACGACGUCCUGAGGUACCACCUGUUGGUAGACACAUUUUUAAUUUGUUUUUUGUUGCCAAUGACCAUUUGCAUUUUAUUGUAAUAUAGGCCCUGAAUGUUUUUGUUUGUUUCAUCAAAUGGAGUGGACAUGUUAAGCCCAGUUGAUAUUUUGUUCAGAACAUCCAUGUUUUAGUAAAUCUCAAAUUAAAUGUUUAAGAAAUGCCUAUUCCAUGCCUCACUAAGAAAAUUGCUCUUCUAUGCCUCACUAUUUUGCUAUAAAUGGGCAUCUGUAUAACAGUCAGUACAGACAUAAAAACUCUCUUUGUACCCAUUUUUGUUAACAUAAUAAAUUUCCACUUGGAAAAGAACAAG